AUGGUUUUAGAACUUAUUGGGGCUAUCGCUGGUGCCGGGAGUUUUGUUCUGGAUGUUGUCAAGUGCUUCGCAGCUCCGAUCGGGCGUCCAUUUAAGUACUUGUACAACUACAAUACCAAUUUCAAAAAUCUCGAAAAGGAAGUUACGAAGCUGAAGAAUACAAGAGAGGCAGUGCAGGUUGAGGUUACUGCUGCUGGAAUAAGAAUGGAAGAGAUCAAACAGAGCGUUAAGGAUUGGCAGACUGAGGUGAACAGUACCAUUUCUGAAGCAGAGCGGUUGGCUGAAGAGAAAGGAAAAAACCCUCGAUGUUUCAAGGGAUUGCGCCCCAACUGCAUCACCGGCUACAAACAUAGCAAGAAGGCAUUCAAAUUAAAGCGAGAUGAUAUUGGUCCACUCCUGCUGCAAGAAGAGAAAUUCGACAGCGUUUCCUAUCCUACUAUUCCACUAGAGAAGAACUUUGACAAGCUCCGGGAUGAUGUUUUGAAGCUGAAGAAUGCAAAAGUCAAAGUGCAGCAUAAGGUUAAGGAGGCUAAAAACAAUGUGGAAGAGAUUGAAGAGGCUGUGAAGAAGUGGCUAGAGGAUGUUGACUCUAUCAUUGUUGAAGCAGAGGAGUUGAUUGAAAACCAAAGUUCAAUUGGCACUGACCGCAAGACCCGCUACCAAAAUAGCAAUGCAGCAUCCGAAUUAAUGGUGGAUAAUAUUGGUCCACUCUUGCAGCAAGGAGAAAGAUUCGAUAAAGUUUCCUAUCCUACUAUUCACAAGGAGAUAUGGCUUAGAUCUAAUGAAGAUUAUCUGGCAUUCGAAUCAAGAAACUCCACUGUGAAGAAUGUAUUGGAUGCUUUACAUGAUGAGGAAAUCUACAUGAUGGGUGUUUAUGGGAUGGGUGGUCUAGGAAAGACCACUCUUGUGCAGGAAAUCGGUAGGAAAGCCGAGAAGGAUAAGCUCUUUGAUGAGAUUGUUUUUGUUGAGGUAACAGAAACUCUGGAUGUAAAGAAGAUUCAAACAGAAAUUGCAGAUAAGUUGGGAGUAAAAUUCAACAACCAAAGUGAAAGAGCAAAUAAGUUAUAUGAAAGAUUGAGGAACGGCAAGAAGAUCCUUUUAAUUUUAGACAAUGUUUGGGAAGAUCUUGAUCUCAAGACUAUUGGUAUUCCUUCUAAAACUGAUCGUGGGGGAUGUAAAAUAAUGCUCACAACCAGAAACUUAGACGUGUUGCAGAAGAUGGACUCCACAAGUAAUUUCGGGAUGGGUAUAUUGGAAGAAGAAGAAGCUUGGAACCUGUUCAUGAAGAUGGCAGAAAACAAUGCCAGAUUAAGGGCAUUAAGUGAGUAA